AUGUCAUCUCGAAGAAAGGCAAUAAAUUUCACAACAAUUGCUUUGCCCUUCUCCGAAUCUGCUCUCGAUCGAGUGUUUAUUUCCAAGUUGUUUUCCCUUUCCGAAGAGGGAACUGUUCUCAAAUCGAAUGUUGGAUAUUUGUGUUGUGAUUACCAAAAUUAUGAAUUGAAUUGGAUCCAAGCCGAACUUCAUCACUACAACUGUCUCGAAUAUUUAUUUAAGGAGCCACUUUUUCAAGUUGUAGAUGGAUUGAUUCUACUGCUUGACAUGAACAUUCAUUUACAUGCCGUUGUACUCCAACAACCAAAUUCAUUUUACACCUUUGUAUUGGAACAAAUUUUAAAAAUUGUACAACACCAUUCUCUUCAAUUCAUGAUUUAUUUGAACGGAUUUGAAAAUUAUUCCACAAUAUUACAUCCCAAUCACGUCGAUGAAUUUUAUUUAAAUUUACAACGUUUAUCUGACAAGUGUGGAGUAUCAUUGGAUCAUAUCAUUUUAGGAAGUGUUUCUUUGAAUGUUGGAGGAAUGCCUGCGUCACGUUUUAAAAAAUUAUCUCAAAUUUAUGAAAAAAUCGAACUUUCACAAGAUCACCCACAAUCAGAACGAUUCACCGAUGGAUUAUUACGAAAAGGGCCUUUCCGUGAAACUCUUCUCAAGAAAAUUACUGAAAUUCUUCCCGAGUCCUGUAACACUCAAAAUGGAAACAACAGUUCAAUAUUGAAUUACUUUGAACUGCCCAAUGAAUCUCUCUCAAUCAUGCAGAAAAUGGUUCAAAACAACGUUGAGAAAAACAAACAAGAUGAUAAUGAAUUAAUUCUUUACGCAUUUUCAAUGAUUCCACAUCCAGAAACACCUCGAAGAUAUUUAUCCCUGUGUAAAGUGUUAUGUGGAAAAGCUCGUCCAGGCAUCCUAGUGACCAUCUUGAUGAUCAAUUCAAAAGGUCAGACUGAAAAGAUUUCAAAAGGUAUUCAAAACGUUGCCAUUCGAAAAGUGAAUUCCAUGCCAUCCAAGAUCUCUGUGGAAGACAAUAACUCAUCGCGUUUCUAUUACGAUCAUUAUUUGAAUCAUCAAGAAGAGAAAGAAUUUAUUUCACAUGGAAGUAUUUGUCUUGUGGCAGGAUUGGAUAAUUAUAUAUUGAAUCAUGCACUCAUAUUCACAACCAACUCUUCAUUGAACGGUACCUUGAUCCAACACACUCCUUCAACUCUUGAAAAUUCCAAAACACCAUCCAUUCCAAAAUCAAUCUCUGUUCAUGAUGGCAUUGAUUUUGCAUUUGAAUGUCCACUUUUACUGCAAUAUCCCCAAGAACUCUCUGAGUAUAUCAUGACUGAAAUGAUUCGAGAAAUGAAUACGGUUUCAUUUCGAAUGCAUGUUAACGAAUAUGAAGAAGGUACCUUGUCCAUUCAAAGUACCAAUUUGUAUUUACUCUAUCAAUUGGAAAAGAAAUUACAACAAUUAUUUCAAGAAUUGAACAUUUCAUGGAGACCCCUUUCAAAUGCACAACUAAAUCAUGCAUCGUCUGAUUCAUCCGUCGCUACAACAAUGCCAUCGACUCAGCACUCAACAUUAUUUAAAAGUUCAACCUCAAUUGCCACUCGUGAAACAUGUGCCGCAAAAUCUCCAACUUUAUUGAUAAAAAGUCCAAACAAACAUGUGAGAUUAUUCGUAAGAGCAGAACCUCUCUCAGAGAUGGAUCAUUUACAAUUAAGCUUGCAAGAUUGUCCCGAAGGAGUCUAUCAUGCCAAGAAGAAACUUUUCAAAUGUCAUGGAAAUGUAUUGAUUGAAGGUACGAAACACGUUCAAUAUGUGAAUGAAAUUCUGGAUCCCCUAUUUCGAGGCUUCUCAUUGGCCAUGCAACAAGGAGUGUUGUGUGAUUCGCCUGUUGUGAAUAUGAAAUUUUAUUUGGAAGAUGCCACGUUGGUAUCUGAUGCAAUUCAUCGAGGAGCUGGACAGGUGAUUGUGGCAGCAAGAAGAUUGUUUAAGGCAUGUCAAUUGGCAUCCCAACCAAGAAUUAUCAUUGCUCAAUUGAAAGUUCAUGUCAUUGGAAAACACGAAGAGAUUUUGAAAAUUUGUAAUCUCCUUUCGAUUCGACAUGAAACGAAUGUUACAACCAUGACAGAAAUGAAUGGUUGGAUGUCUUUGAAGAAGUGUGAAAUGAGCGACAACCAUGGUUCGUCUCCAAAACAAAUCUCUCCAAUUCAAAAGCAAGAAUUAUUUCACAUCUCAUUCAUCAUGUUGGUCGAUCAAUAUUGUGAAAUGAUUGAAAGCCAUUAUGAUUUGUUUGAAACAAUACAACAUUUCACGUAUGUGCAUUCAUUUGAAAUGGUGGAAGGAGAUGCGACACUCGAAGGCACACCAGGAAAUCAAGUUCUUUCAAGAAUGCGUCAAAUGAAAGGAAUUACGAGUAGUUUGGCUCUGGACACUUACUCUGAUAAACUAUAA